AUGAACGAGCGUAGCGAUGUAGCGGCCAUGUUUAGCUCCAAGCAUUCCGUGCGUAUCUUGCACGGCCAUUGCAGCAGCGUCGAUAGUGUAGUCGACGACUCGGAAGUACGGACGCUGCCCGAUGUUGAAGUUGGUACAGCUGGUCUCAGUGCCCCAACGGCUUUUCUUCAUCCAGACGCAGCUGUUAAAGAGCGAACCGAGUCUGUGAAAGCUCGGUUGAGUCUAGAAGAUGUGAAGCAGCAGCUGCAAGAGCUCGAGCACGCUCCAGCACCGACGAAGGAAGAGAUUCAAGAGAUGGUGGCUCAGUAUGCCGAAAACGCUGAGAGCAGUGAUUACGAAGACAGCGUCGAGUCUUCUUCGUCUUCGUCUAGUGACAGUGAUUGCGACAGUGAGCCGGCAAGAGUGAUUAUGAAGGUGCUGGUCGUGGGCAACGCUCGCUGUGGAAAGACCAGCACCAUUCGACGGUUCAAUCAGGACGAGUUUAGUGAGACGUACGUAAGUACCAUUGGGGCAGACUUCGUGGAGAAGAUUGUCAAGUAUGAUGAGCGGCUUACGAUCAGCUUGCAGCUCUGGGACAUUGCGGGUCAAGAUCGCUUUGCCAAGUUUACGCGUGGAUAUUUUCGUGAAGCAAAAGGAGCGGUCAUUGUGUGUGACAUCACUCGAGCCAAUACGAUCGAUGCCGUGGUGAAUUGGAAGCGUGAGAUCGACAGAUGCUGUAAGCACCUGAAAAACGGCGCGGAGAUGCCUGUGGUAAUGAUUGCCAACAAGAGCGACUUGCUGGUCGACCCCAUGGGCGCGCUUGAUCUUGGUGUGAACUUGCAAAAGUGCGUGGAAAAGAACAAUAUCGUCGAGUGGUUCCGUGCUUCCGCCAAGAGCGGUGAGCACAUUAACGAUGCGUUUCAAUGCCUGAUAAAUUGCAUGGUGAAUGAUCUUCGCGCACAAAAGGAAGAGGCCAAGAACUCUGUCGACGAAAGCACCGUGAAGAUGGAGGAACCUGCUGCACCUGAGGUCAUUCGGCUGUCUCAGACGCCGCGGCAGUACAGAGCCGUGAAGCAGAAAGGCUUUGCCUGUGACUGUCAUUAG